AUGUUUUGCAAUUAUGAAUCGUUUUUAAAUCGCCAAGUACAUCAACAAAGGUUUCACACACUCGACAGAAAAGCACCAUCCUUACUCGUACUUGGACCAGAGGGUGUGGGGAAAACUUGUAUCAUUCGUCGAAUUGUGCAGAAUCGUUUUGACGAGUAUUAUGAUCCACCUUUAGAUGACUCAUUUGAAAAACUAUUAACCAUUAACGGUCUUAAUUUCAAGGUCACUCUGUACGAUGAUACCUCUCGAUAUGAUUACGGUAAUAUGACUGAGCAUUACAUACGAAAAUGUACCAGCUUUAUCAUUGUGUGUGAUGUCCAUCGAAGGGAAUCUCUUGAAGACGCUUGUUAUUUCAUUCGGAAAGUAUUCAGAAUUCACGACGAUGAAAAUGUUCCAAUUUUAUUCAUGAUUAAUAAGAUGGAUCAAGUGUUGCAUGGUGCUACUACUAGGACUUGUUCAAAUGUUGCAACAAUGGUGAUGACCACUGAUAGGGUUGAAGAAGAAUUGAAAUCUAUUGGUGCACUGAAUUAUGAAAUUGUGGAAACAAGUGCCAAAAUGAAUAAUAGCAAUAUCGAUGAACCUUUAAAACGUCUCAUUCAACGGAAUUGUCAAUAUCUUCCUGAUUAUGUGAAAAGUGAAAGAAAAAGAUUAUUGAAAAUGAUUGCAACACAUGGAACGAAAGUGUGGAAGAAUUCAAAUCUUAAGUGUUGUGUUCUGUAA